UUUCUUUAUCUAGGAACGAACUGGUUGAUGGAAACUGUCUGCCUGAUUCAUUCUAAGGGGGACCCCAAGUGGAUCCAAUCUGUGCCCAUUGGGGAGCGCUCCCCUUGGGUAGAGGCUUUCAGGGGGUAUAAUCUAUUAAAAGAUAAGGAAGGCCCACGUUUCAUCACUUCUCACCUCCCUGUCCAACUCUUCCCCAGGUCUUUCUUCAAGUCCAAGGCCAAGAUGAUCUACCUCAUCAGAAAUCCCAGAGAUGUUUUAGUGUCUGGUUAUUUUUUCUGGAGGAGUGCAAAAUUGGUUAAGAAACCACAGUCACUGGAACAAUACUUUGAAUGGUUCGUCCAAGGAAAUGUGGUAUUUGGAUCGUGGUUCGACCACACUCGGGGCUGGAUGUCCAUGAGAGACAAGGAGAAUUUCCUGAUACUGAGCUAUGAAGAGAUGAAAUGG